AUGGAGUUUCCUGCUGGUUGUGUUAUUGGUUAUCUUAUCUUUUCCAGUUUUGUAGCAAGCAGCUAUGGUGUCGCCUUCUCUUCCCUUCACAAGACUCUUGUACUCUCAGCUUCUUCCCCAAAAGGCCAUGUUCUAACAGCCGGGGAGGAUGAACUCACAAUCACAUGGGCAUUCAACGAAACAUUCCCAAGGGGCACAGAUUCGACCUACAAGACCAUCAAACUGAAGCUAUGCUAUGCACCAGUUAGCCAGAAAAACCGACCAUGGCGCAAAACAGUUGACGACCUAAACAAGGACAAAACAUGUCAACACAAGAUCGUUGAAAAGCCUUAUACCCCUUCAAAUAAUUCAUUCACUUGGAGAAUUGAAAGAGAUGUCCCUUCAGCUACGUUCUUUGUGAGGGCAUAUGCGCUUGAUAGUCAACAAGUCCAGGUAGCCUAUGGUCAAAACACGGAUGCAACCAAAGUUACUGACUUGUUUCAUGUUGAAGCCAUCACGGGUCGCCAUGUGUCGAUUGAUGUUGCAUCGAUUUGUUUUUCUGCAUUUUCGAUUGUUUCGUUGGUUGGGUUUUUCUACAUGGAGAAGAGAAAGGCGAAGGUUGUAGAAGAUAACCUCCAAAUUGUCGUCGCUCCGCCUCGCCAACUCGCCACCGCUGACUGCUUCCACUACUUACCAUCGCAUUCUACAUGUACCCAUGUAUCUCUAGUUCAGGUGAUGACUACACUUCAAGAUAACUGUAGAGCCUUGUGUUGCAUUGGUAUUUCAUAUUCAUUGGUUGUGAUGAGGCGGUGA